CGCUUCCUUUAGGCUGUCUCGCGCUCUCUGUUUACAUGCAGGUUGCUGCAGGAGAAUGGAAACACUUGCCUGAACUUUUACAGGACUGUGAUUAACCUACAUGAUCAGAUCUGUGAAAACAGCAUUUUGGCAGGACAUGCAGCACCCAAACAUUGAGACGAGACACCCACUGCAGACAGAAGAACAGGAGACUGGUUAUGACCCUUUGCACAACUAUAACAGAAACAAAACUGCAGAGUCAUUAAACAGUUGUGCUGACUCAACCUUUCAGUCAUACAGAAAAGAAUGGAAUGAACUGUUCCAGAACAGCAAUUACCUGGCUCAGGUCAGGCAGGCCGGAAUUAACGGACAAUUACGGAGCAGCAGAUUCCGCAGUGUAUGCUGGAAGCUCUAUUUAGAUCUUCUGCCUGAAAAUAAGAGUCAAUGGAUCAAAAAAACAAAGGAGUUACGAGCUCAUUAUGAGCAGAUCAAAGAGAGGCACAUCACAAACCCACGCAAGGCAGCUAGCCAGCAGGAUCUGGUGGUAAACAACCCUCUGUCUCAGGAUGAGGGGAGUUUGUGGAAUAAAUUCUUUCAGGAUAAAGAAUUACGGGGUAUGAUCAAACAAGAUGUUCUGAGAACGUUUCCAGAGAUGCACUAUUUUCAAGAGGACGAUGUCAGAACUAAACUAACAGACAUUUUGUUCUGCUAUGCCCGAGAAAACGAGCAGUUACUCUAUAGACAGGGAAUGCAUGAGUUGUUGGCUCCUAUAGUCUUCGUUCUGCACUGUGAUCAUCAGGCGUUCCAACAUGCCAGUGAGACGGCCAACUCAAGUGAUGAAAUGAAUGUUUUGCUGGAUCCAAUGUUUCAUGAGCAUGAUGCCUAUGCCAUGUUCUCGCAGCUGAUGGAGACAGCAGAGCCCUGGUUCUCUAGUGUUGAACGAGAGGUGCGGAAGGGAAAAGAAGAGAUGCUCACCAGCAUACCUUUUGCCAGACCGCAGGACUCUGGCCCUUCCGUAGCCAUUGUGACCAAAGUCAAUCGAAUACAAGACCAACUGGUGAAAAAGCAUGACAAUGAACUACACAUGCAUCUCAACCGCCUCGAGAUCGCACCACAAAUAUACGGCAUUCGCUGGGUGCGGCUGUUAUUCGGUAGAGAGUUUCCUCUGCAGGACCUGCUGGUGGUUUGGGAUGCACUGUUUGCAGACAGCGUCACACUGGACCUAGUGGACUAUGUUUUUGUAGCCAUGCUGCUUUACAUCAGAGAUGCAUUGAUUGCCAGUAACUUCCAGACAUGUCUUGGCCUCUUGAUGCACUACCCCCCUGUUGGAGACAUCCACUCUCUUCUGCACAAAGCUCUGUUCCUCAGAGACCCAAAGAAUAAUCCAAGGCCAGUCAACUAUCAGUUCCAGCAGAACCUCGACUUUUAUAAGACCCGUGGAGCCGACCUUGUCGACCGGGCGCGGGUUAGCACAAAAGUGGCUCCACUUAACAUCAACAAAGUAUCCAGCUCCCUGCUGAACUUUGGUAGGAAGCUCAUUGCCCCCAUGGGUGGUGCCUCCAUUGGUGUCUCACCUAUCAACAGCGAGGUGCUGUCUGUUUCUGCCCCACAUCCUCAGCUGCCUCGGCCAUUUGCUGAGCCACCAUCUAAUACCAUGUCCUCACGCUCACAAAUGCAAGCACAGCACCGUAUGCUGAAAUCAGAGAGUGUGCCUGCUCACCUCAGUAAAGAUGGUUCCGCAGGAGUAUCUCAGACUACUCUCCCCAGCCAGAUACUCUCUGACAUGCAAGGCCAGACAUCAAAGACUAUGAGCUCAUCGCCAAGUGUUGAGAGCUUGUCAGCUGGACGAGACCAGGCCAUGUCUUCCCCUCCUAUUUCCUCCAAAGGACAAGAGUCUUGCACGUCAUCCCCACCCCUUUCUGCCACAAAGAAAGACUCCUUCUUCAAUAUCAGUCGCUCUCGCUCACACAGCAAAUCUAUGGGCAAGAGGGACGUGGAUGAGUUGGAAGCUCAGGUGUCCUUCUUGCAGGGGCAGAUAAAUGAUCUGGAGGCCAUGAGCAAAUACUGUGCAAAAAUGAUGAAUGUGCAAAUUGGUAAGAUUCAGGAUGUGAUCCUGCAGGAGCAUCUGGAGAAGGAGGAUGAGGUGCUGGUAUCACUUGCUGGACUUAAACAGAUCAAGGAUAUUUUAAAGGGAGCACUGCGCUUUAACCAAAGUCAGCUGGAGGCUGAGGAGAAUGAGGAGAUCACCAUUGCUGAUGACCACUACUGCUCUGCAGGCCAGAACACUGAUCAACAGGACUCUUCCACAACUGCUCAUCCUGACUAUGCUGAUUCGGAAUCAAGCCGUCAGUCAGAUUCCAGCUGUCUCAUAGAGCAACAGAAACAAAUGGAGAUCCUGAAAAAGUCAACGCCAAGUGAGAGGGCACCCAUCACAGAGACACAGAUUGCUGAGGGAAGGAACUGGGACGACUACAUCCUGGUCUUGCAGAACGGAGAGCUUCAACCAGCUGAGACUGCUCCAUCCUUCAAGCAGGGACGGGAUAUUAGCAAACCAGAGUUUCAGGACCCACUAAUGGGAACCACCUCCGGCUCAUCCAGCCCAGACGAGGGCAGCACUAAUAGCAAGGACUCUGAUUUCACCAUUGUCAACCCUGCUGACUUUUGAAGCCUAAAAUGUAGUCAGACUCAAGUCUUUCAUCCCUGACCCUUUUUAGUGGAAUAAGAUGUUCUGCCGGAUUACUACACAUGAACUUGGGCUGGCUACCUUGUGAACAAUGGCUGUGUUCAGACUGCAGAGCAAAUCUGAUUUAUUUUACAAAUCCAAGUCUCUGUGCAAAUGACCAAAUCUGAUCUGUCUGUUCAAACUUCAUUUGCAAUUCUUAAGUCUCCUAAUUGGUUCCUAUGGUGAGUUAGCACUCUGCGCAACUUGAACGCCCAAAUUUAUUUAGACUUUUAACCCUGUCUUGUUGGCCUGGUCUUGCUAAACCACCUUGUGUGAAUACAUGUUUUGCUAAAGCUACUGUCCCCCGGGUUUUAAUGGGCCAUACUUUUGUGCAAAGCAAUAAGAUUUUUCAUUUUAUUUUUAUCAACCGCUUAUUCUGGUCAGGGUUAUGUCUAGUCCGGAUCCACCAGUAAAUACAGGGCACAAUGCAGGAAUACCUGGACAGAGCAGCAAUCCAUCAUAAGGAUUUGGCCACCCCCAAACAUAGCCAGUAGUGUCUGUGUAGACACCUUGCCGGCCAAUAACACCGCUGAGAUUUCAGUUCAGAUCUCAGUGGUGGUGGGCUAGCGUUGUAGACUGCUGCACCACAAUAUGUUUAUAGUAAAAAUAAUUAUUAUUAUUAACCAUGUAUUAAAUAAUGUGUUCUUCACCAUGGCUUCAGCUUUUAAGGCACUUCUGACUCUUGGGUCAGUAGUUGGCCCAAACAUCAUAAAAUGUUUUUAGUGCUUUAUUUAAAUUAAUGUAAAUUUAAUAAUAUAAGCAUCUCUUGAUUGCUCCACCUAGAAAAAUACAGGUCACUUUUCUUUUUUUUUUAACCCAGUGUACUUUCUCUUCCUGUAUUUUACUAUAUGAGGUGGUGGUGUAAUCUAAUGCUUUUUUUAUUGUUUGACCUCAAAACCAAAAUUACUGGCUAAGUUUAAAUUGUCCGUUGUAAGUUACGAAAAUGAAUCAUGUGAUGGAGUGCCUACAUUUCUAAAGAUAAAAUCCACUAUGUGCAUUGUUUUUAAAUCACUAAAGUCCAGGUCUUGUUCACCGAGUGCUAAAUUAUGUUUUAAAAAAUUUUUCCAGCUGUUUGAAGUGCAGAAAAUGUUUCGAGCUCAAGAAUAUGCUAAAAUAUUCUGUCUGUCUGAACAUAGUGUUUUCAAACGUUCCCAGAUGUGUUGUUACUGGUCUGUAUUUUAAAGCUGUCUAUAGAACUGUAUUUUUUUGCACCUUAGUUACUGUGAACUGCCUUUAAACAAGUAAACAGUUUUAUUACUUAAUUAUAACAGCAGCCCAUGAACUGCAUGUAAAUGCUUAAUACAUUAAUAAUUCCAACUCAGAUUCUUACAUGUAGUCUACCAUUCUAUCUCUCUCUCUCUCUAACUCUCUCCCUCUCUUUCAAUAAAAUAACUGUAAAAACAUAAAUAAGAGGAGGGUGAUAUAUGUGUUGUAUCUUUGUAUUUUAAACCUGCCAGAAAGUGCAGGAAUUGGAGCCUUAAUCAUUAACGGUAUCAAUAAUAUUAAUCUCUCUGCAGCAUUAAGUGCUCAUUUUCCAGUGUAUCAAUACAAAGCCAUUUAUAUUGUCCAUUUUUUUCUGUUCUUUUUUAUUGUGUUCUAUAGAAUUUUAACUUGUAUUACAGUUUUUUUUUUUUUUAAUUAGUGUUGCAAACCUUUUUGGAUUUUUUUUUUUCCCUGAUGCCCUUUGUCUAAUUUUUAUUAAUGUCAAUGGCAUGUUUAUGUCAGUGCACGUGAGGGAUGUUGAAAUAAUAUUGUUGGAACUGAAGAUUAUUAAAAAGGCAUUAUUACUCUUGCCCAUCUAUUAUGUGUACAGCAACACGUAACUGUAAUUUUCUCUACAGUGGUUACAUAAAACGAACUACAUGUAUUUUUAUCUUUUUUAUUUAUUUGUACAAACACAAUUCCAAAAGAAGUUGAGAUAGCAGGUAAAAUGCUAUCAAAAACAGAAAGCAUCGAUUUGUCUUUUACAGGAGAUAUACAGUGUUUUUCUUCCAUAAUCAACUGAUUUUUGUUGUCUUCAGCACAUUCCAAAAAAGUUAGGACAGAAUCACUGUAAAACUGGAAGGUUUGUUGAAUGAUUAAAUAAUGCCUGUUUUUGAGUGAGCAUAUGUAUAUAAAA